AUGGAAUCGAAUAAAAACAACGUUUUAUCUAAUUCACCAGAAAACGGAGAAGCUCCUGCCAAAUCGAAACCCAGUUUGAAGGAUGCAGCUAAAGACCUGAAACCUCAUACAAUCCAUGGUCCUGGAGGAGUCCCUCUUAGCAAUCCACCAAGACCUUUUUCUCAGGGCGGAAGAGCCAGGACCGACUUUGCUAGACUUCCCGAUCACAUUGAUAUUGUAAAACCAGAAGAACAGGAAAAGCAGCAAUAG